CCUUUUAAUGGCUGUGUGCUUUUUCCUUUUGCUCCAUGUUCUUUUAGCAUUCCAUGCUUUCUGUCCGUGACAUGUCUGGCUGCUAUUAAAAGAACACAGUGUAAGUUGGUGAAGCAGACUCUUCCCUAAAUGCCCUUCAGCAGAGGCUGCAGUUCCUGUUGAGAGCACACAUGGACCAGGGGAGGAGGAGACUGUGCUGUAGAAAAAAAAUGAUACGUUAGGGAAAGGGGGGGAGCUUUUCCGUCCAUGGUGCAGAGUUUGUACUGAAAGAAGCAGGCAAACUGCAGGAUCUCCUUUCUGCUCAAGACAAGGAUAGAAUUCAAGAGUUCCCAGCUUAUCUUGCAUGUAAUAUACUAAAUAAACUGAGUGGAAGGAAUCACAAGCCAUCAAUAUGGAUUUUGUUAUGAAGCAAGCUUUGGGGGGGGCUACAAAAGAUAUGGGGAAGAUGCUUGGCGGUGAAGAAGAAGAAAAGGAUCCAGAUGCCCAAAAGAAAAUGGAGGAAGCACAAGAGGCCCUCCGUCAGGAGGAAGAAGAAAGGAAAGCAAAAUAUGCAAAGAUAGAGGCUGAAAGAGAAACAAUGAGACAAGGCAUUCGGGAUAAGUAUGGAAUAAAGAAGAGAGAAGAAAAGGAAGCAGAGGCACAGGCAGCAAUGGAAGCAACAGCUGAAGGGAGUUUAACGCGUCCAAAGAAGGCAAUACCUCCUGGCUGUGGAGAUGAAGAAGAAGAGGAAGAGAGUAUUCUAGAUACAGUUAUUAAAUAUCUACCGGGUCCACUUCAAGAUAUGUUCAAGAAAUAAGACCCAAUAGACUGCCAGACUGUUUUAACCAUAAACAGAGAAGCAAUGUAUUUCCCACUCUCUCAUGGGAAAUUUUAAUAUUGCCACAUGCUACCCCCCUUCCGUCUCUUAAACUUUGCUUACUCUAGUCCCUUUUCUUUCUUUCUUCCUUUCCUUUUGUACAUAGUCUCAUACAGUAGACACCUCUAAAUGGAUGUCAAAGUUAUGAACUGCAGUCUACGCAAUUUUAUUAUAAGCCAUAGUAUAAUGUAUGUUAAGAUCUGGCAGUUGUAUACAUAGAUAUAUUUAAAUAAAUCAUAAUUUUUACACUUAUAUUAGUAGUUUAGCUAUACACAAUGGGUAGUAUUUAUUGGUCAAUGUGGAAAUUAUUUGCAGUUUACAUUAAAGCAACAUAUCACUGUAAACUGACAUGUAUCUGUGAUUUCAUAUCCAUAAAAAGAGAACAUUCAGAAAAUGAACCACAUGGAACACCUUUAUCCAAGAUUUUAUGGUGGAAAAAUAGCCUACUCCAUUAAUAAAUUUAAAAAAAUAUAGCCUCCAUUAAACUAAUCAUAGAACUGAAAAUUAAAAAAUGAAUUUUAUAAUGACAGUUAUUUCUAGCAUGUUAGCAUAAAACAAGAAGACAGGUAUUUCAGUGAAACGUUUUCAGAAACACUAACAUAGACUAGCAUAUUUAUUCAACAUUGUAUUUUAUUUUGUGAUGAUUGAACCUAUUCAGUGCUAGAUAAUUGUACCAUCAGAAAAUCAUCAAAUGAAAAGCCUCUACAUACUUAAGUGUUGAUGAACCUUUAAAAUGAUCACCAAAAAAAAAACAAAUUUAAAUUAGUGUCUAAAUUUGAGUCGUAGAAUAAGUGCUAAAUGAUGUUUCACAAAAUAUAAUGAACAUAUGAAGCAAUAAUUAGAGCACUGCCUGAGACAUAAAGUUGUUAACUCUUUAUUUUGUCUAUUUUAUGCUGGAAUUUCCGUGUAUUUGGGAGACUUGAAUUAAUACAGUUUCUUUUAAAAUAUAAAUAACAAAUAUUUGCUCUCCAAGCAAACAGUCUAAGUUUGAACCAGUGUAAUCAAUUCCCAGUGAACCAAAACGCCUUAGAUACACAAGAAUAGUGUUGACAUUUUUCAUGGGUCAAGAAACGUUUAGAUAACCAAUUUAGCAACAAUUUAGGAGUUGAGAUGCACUGGCAUACUGAGAUUUAGGCUUGAAGUUCAAGUUUUCCCAUCAAGCAAGGCCAAAGUCAUUUAUAAUGAUGUGCUCAUCCCAUUAAAGAGACUUGUUAACCUACUUCUUCUGCUGGAUGGUUGCAACAAUACACCAAUUCAGUAGCUGAAUAAUAACAGAUUUAAAUUCUAACAUUUUUUGAUUAUUAAUCCAUACAGUUGUACAUAUAAUUUUGCAUAAAAUAGGUUAUAAAGCUGUAAACUUUUUACCUGUCAGAUUUUACUAUGUCUAUAUAAAACUCCCUAGUGCUAAUUACUCUACUUAAAGCUAUAUCAGGUUAGUAACCAGGGCCUGUUUGAUAUUUGAAAUCAACAUUUUCUUAAAUAUAUUAUAUGGGCACAGAAGAGACCACACUGGUUCACUAAUUCUCACAUUUCUGAGUGGUUAUUAAGUUAUGUACACAUUAUUUUACAAUGCAUGGAGGUGUGUUUCUUUCUUCUUCAUCGUUAGAAGUUUCUACUAGCACCAUCUCAAGUCCAAUUACAAAUUGAGAAUUCUUUUAAAAUAUAAUAAUACAUAUAGACUUCAGUUAAUUAAAAUAAGUAUAAUCUUACCCUAUUGCCAGUUACUAUAUUCACAAAUUUACUGUUUCAGAUAUACCUGAUUUAUUCUUUUGAAAUAACAAAUUUAACAUGAGGCUUAUAGCAAAACCAAAGAGAAAACUGGUUCAUUUGCUUUCAUUGUAAUUCUGAAUAUCUCUGUCAUCUACAGUGGCUUUUGUUGUUUAAUGUGUUUAAUCUCAGGUAAUUGAGGUAGUCUUUUGUAUUAUCAUUCUUUUAACUAGGAAAGAGGGGUGUUAUAUUAUACUAGAUUUAAUAUCCUGCCAGUGUCUGGGUGCUUAAGUUGCAAGCUUUCCUAGUUUCCAUGAAAACGCAAAUCAUCAUCUUCUGGUUUUUAGAAGGUAAGGAUUCAAUAAAUGUUGCAUUGAGUUUCAUCCAUUUUCAUCUACCUUUAGAGAAAGCCAUAUAAAAUCAGACUGCAAUAUUAAUUUAGGACGAUUAAAAUGUGUCAGAGAGACUAGAUCAUGUAUUAAUUUGCACUGGAGUUUCUCAGUCUACGUUUACUGUACGUUAGUUUAGUGUUUUAUCCCUUCUGUAUCAGAGUAACACACGCCAAUGCUGCUCUAUAUGUUCCCUUCAAUCAGCUUACCGAUAUGAUGUUGUAACGUUACAGGUAUGUUGUUGUGAGCAAAAUGUAAUGUCUUCUGUGUAUGCCAUGUUAGUAUGUGUUACCGCUCUCUUUCUCUGUUAUUUGUGCACAACGUAAAUAAAAUGUUUGGGUAUCAGUCUUUAUAAAAUGUUUUCACACAAGGAAGUUAACCUGCUCAGCCAUAGUUUUGUGAUCAUCAGAAUAAUUUUGUAAAUUUAAAAGCUAAUUGACUCAUACUGAAUGCAUGCUAUGAACUUCCAACCAAGAGCAGAAAGAUGUAGAGGCUUUUGUGAAUGUAAUUGUCAUUGUAUUUUCCGUGCUAUCGUCCAUUGCAUGAUAUCAAUCAAUUCAAAAUAUGUUCUUUUCGAAUGGAAUCACAGCCAAUAAAAAAUAAAGUGAUUUCAGAUUUUUUUCUUC